AUACCAGUGUUUUUUGUUUUUACCAAAGAACCAAAAAAAAAAAAAUCAAAAUCAACUGAAAAAACUUGAGCAAGAAAGUAGAGAAGAUGAAGAAAUCAGCCAUGAUGGAUUUGUGAUUUGAACAAAAAUUGUUUGUUUUUUGAUUUGAAAUCAAAAUCACAAUGAUGUCCCCAAAUCAUUUGUCAGAUGAUCGAGGUUCUCCUCCUAAUCAUUUCAGACAUACGCCAUUGCAGAUAAUUCAUGUUGUUGCAAAUUUCUUGAGGAUAUGGUCGAUAUACUCGAUGUUCCGCUACUUAUCACAAACUGGAGCUUCGGUUGUUCUUUUUCUUUUUACCUGUCUCGCUCCUGCAUCUAUCCUAUUUUUGAUUUUGCAAAAGCCUUGGAAGGGAAGACCACUUUCCAAUACACAGGUUGUGCCUUCGAUAAUAAACGGUUUUAUCACAACACUGUAUCUUGUCUUGUGGGGAAAGGGAUUGAAAUCAUGUGGACCAGUUAGAGCGAUAUUGGGUGAGUAUUCGGGUGCUGUUCUUGGAGUACUCUCUGCAGUAUUGUAUGGGAGGAGAGGCCAUCUGUGGAAAAAGAUAGGUGGCCUAAUUGCCAUGUGUGCAUCAUUUUACCUGCUAUCUGAAGGAUGGGCCACGGCGACAUAUUCUCCGUUCUCAUGGGAAGAUAGAGAUGAAUCUGAGGCUCAGACGGAACAAGUUUUGGGCUUGAAGCAAAUGUUAAUUCCUAUUAUUGCCGGUAUCUUAUCAGCCCUUAGAAGAGUGAUUGCAAGGCGCGUUUCGAUCAAGAAUCAACUUAAAAGGCGACUCCAUGCUUUAACUAUUGCUUCCGCGACAUGUUUUAUGUUUCCCAUUGCCAUGUGGGACGUGAUCAUCGGAUCACCUUCUGAAAGCAAUGGGAAAUUGCCGUUCUCGGCUUGGGCCUUCUUCAGUACUAUUCUCUUUGGAAAUAUUGUGAUAUUCUAUGCUGACAGUAUUGCAGAGGAGAGAUUGCACAUGGUUUUCUCGUCACCAAGGCAUUUGAUGGCAGCUAGUGCAUGCAUCAUCGUCAUGGAAAUUGUGUACAAGAUGGAUUUUUCUCUUACAGGCUUCGUGAUUUGCAGCUUAAUAUUAGGUUUUGGGAUAUAUGAAGCAACGGCAUUGGAGCGCAGUAAAAAAGAUUCUAUCCGAAAUUCAAAGUUAUCAAGUGGAGAAUUUGAUAAUCCAACCGAUAUGUCAUCACUACCUACUUGAAGUACAUGCUGUUUUGGAACAUCAAAUGGAUUCUAUAGACACACAUGUCUCCUUGUUAUAUCAUGAGUUACACUUGGUCGGUCAUUGGCAAUUUCAUUUUGUGCACUAGUAGUUGCAAAACAAAGGUGAUAUCCACUGUGAAGAUGUAUUAUCGACCGUUUCCGGGGACUUCCAGUGGCAAAAUUGUUAUUGCCGAUCGAUCUGAUCUUUAGGGAGAUUGAAGUUUGAACUUCACUUUUAAGCCUACAAAGUUCAUUGUUUUAUCUUGUACAGGAUCAUUAAUUAGUCUAGCAGUUCCUAGUUUAGUUUAGAAGAAACUAUCUGUUUAAAAAAGAUGAAAACAUCAUAUUAUUCAUGAUCCUGGUAGAAAAUUUCUUCAAAUCUUUUAUGAGCUUACUACACAUUUUAAUGAAAAUUUUGAAUGCUAAAGAGUUGGUUAUUCUUGGCUUC